UUUUUUUUUUUUUUUUUUUCCAUCCAUUUCAUCUCCCUUUCACCUCUCUCUUCCUUUACGCUGUUCUCCUCACCUUGUUAUUAUAUCCCACCUCUUACCUUUCGCCGGUUCGAUCCGAAACGCAGCCGUCAACCAUUACUGUAAGAUUGCCGUCGGCGUCUAUAUCCUCGUCCAGCCAUCAUGGCUCCAAACGAUCUCUCAACCGCCAUAACCAACCGGUCUUUACGGACCAUCAAAACAGAACUGGAAUUCCUCUGCGACUCAUCCGUCAUCACACCUGGCCAACUUUCCUCAAUUCUUUCACAACUCCCAAGCCAAACACAGCUACACGCUCCCGUGCCGCAGUCGACGGCGGAUACCGGCUUCACGCCUCCCUCAGGUCAGCUGGAUAAACUGGCAUUGAAUGAAAAGAGCUCGGAACAAGAUCCUUACUCGGAUGUAGUACCUCCACCAUCUUACGCAUCAGCCCCGCCCGUUCUGUGCAUGGCUUCGGCACUCUACGCAUACACACCAACCGACGCAGGUGAUUUGGCCUUACAAGCCAACGACCGGAUUCAAGUUCUUGAACACAUGAACAACGACUGGUGGCGUGGUAGGAACGAGCGAACGAGUAUGGAGGGUAUUUUCCCAAGAACAUACGUUACCAUUAUCGAUGAGAAACCGGCAGCCACCCCUCCACAACCGACAAACUACGGAAACAUGCCACUCGAAGUUGCAAACUCCGGCUCAAGCAGCCAGGCAGGAAGGAAACCAAGCAAAUUCGAAGAAAAUGGAAAGAAGUUUGGCAAGAAGAUGGGCAAUGCUGCUAUCUUUGGCGCGGGUGCCACCAUCGGCUCCAACAUCGUCAACGGUAUUUUCUAGUCGUAUAUUUGCCCCUCGACUUUUCUAUUUGCUCUAUUCCAUACUUUUGGUUUCCAUACGGGUCGUCUGGUUAAUGGGAUGGCAAUUUGCUUUUCUGUGCCUUUUGUCAUACGAGUGGCGUUUACGGUGUGACCGGUAUCGAAAUACAUUUAUCGGGUGGUUUUUGAAAACAACGGACCGGAAAUCAAAUUCCCAUGUUACGAAACAUGGCUGACAUAGGAAGACUUUUUUUUUUUUCUCCCCCCCCAAAGCCUUUUGAGGUUUACGGGUUGAAUAUAUCUUGCUUACUGUUAUUAAAAAUCUGGAACAAGGAUUCCAAUGAAUCAUGCGAAGUGGAUGGGGUUGCAUCGAUAUUCCUCGUUUAGCGGUGAUGGCUAUGCCACACACGCCCCCCUGGACAAGUUGUCGCUCCAGCAUCUCGCUGAAUUGGUUAAUCACUCCUCAUAAAUAUUUUGGCCGGAUCUCCGCUGUCCUAAGUUAGAUUUCUUGAGCCCUUUAAUGAUCUGCCGAUGGUUUAUUACGUUGGCUUCCUGCGAAGCCUUCACGGUGUAACCCGGCGUUCAGUCACAUUCUCUAUCCUUCCUUUCCCUUCACUGAUCGAUUUGGAAUUUUUUCUUCACUCUUGAAUUUUUAUUUUUAUUUUUCUUAUUUUUUUCUUUUUCUUUUUCGAAGAAGCUACCUUUAAACUAACAUCCUUUCAUCCGUUCUUCCCUUUAAUCGUGUCUCUUACCUUGUAUGUGAGAUCAUAGAGGAGAGUUUGAUUACUACAUAUGCAUUAUGUGUAUUAUUGUUUCCUAUAUCUACCUAGAUGACCUUGUGCAGUUAAAGUAUAACUCCCGCCCA